AUGCUCUGGGGCUGCAUCCCACUUACUCUACUGGCUCUAGCGCAUGCGUCUCUGUCUGCUACUCAAGUCGCAUGGAAUUCAGACCCAGCCAUCCAGUCUACUACAUUGGUCGACGUUCUCAACGCUGACGAGGACUACUCAUAUCUCCUUUCUCUCCUACAGAAAGCUAAACUCAUUCCAACAUUGAAUAAACUCAAUGGCAGCACCUUCUUCGCCCCAACUAACGAUGCAGUCAAACGUCACGCACAAACCAAUGAUCUCUGGGGGUCAGCCCUCGAGUAUCCAGACUUGCUUAAAGACAAUGUGCAAGAGGAGCUACGUCAGCAACUGUUCUACCACCUUCUCAACUACUCCGUAACUCAAAUCCCAAACGACUUGACCACACGAGUUCUCGAUACACUCCACUACCCAAAACUCUCCCUCGAUCCUCCCGCUAAUGAGCCACUCCCAUCUCUCCCAUGGAUACCACUACCUGAGAGCACUUUAGGCAACAAAUCUCAGAAGUUACGCCUCACUUCACGAGAAGGCGUAGCCUGGGUCGGUGUCGACGCCUUUGGCAAAGGGGGUAUUGAAAUAAAGAAGGAGAGAGUGGAUGCGGCAAACGGCGUCGUGUAUGGGAUUUCUCAAGUUCUUGAGGUUCCACCGCACCUUGGACGCGUCCUGUCCCAACAAUCCUCGUUGUCAUAUUUCCAGAAGAUUCUCACACCUAACAUACUCCAUGUCAUCAACUCUACCUCUGAGCUUACGUUGUUCAUGCCCGUGGAUUCUGCGUGGAAAACUCUCCAUCCACUUGAACGUUUAUACCUCGAAAGCGAAUUUGCCGCGGAUGAUCUCUUGCGCAUACUCAACAUGCAUGCUGUUGUCGAGAAGCGUGUCAGAUGGUCGGACUCUUUGGACUCUACCACCACCCUGACCACUGAAUAUGGAUCUCAGUUAGAAGUCGCUGUCUCCGAAGGGAAGACCACGGUAUCAGGUGCUACCCUUGAGCAGCCUGAUAUCUAUGCGAGUAAUGGAGUUUUACACCUCGUAUCCUCUCUAUUGGUUCCACCAGGAGCCCUUCAGUUAACCCCUGAGAAAUAUCUUCUUGCACUCAACUGCACGUCCUUCAUCUCUCUCAUCCACUCAGUCAAUCUUACCCAUCUCAUCAAUGAUACCAAGACUCAUUACACCAUCUUAGCACCGAAGGACGACGUUCUAUCAGGUUUCGAGCAUGACGGGUUACCCAAAGAGGGUAGCGAUGAGCUGAAGAGGAUGUUGCAGUACCAUUUUCUUCCCGGGAAAUGGACGCCCAAGAAGUUGGUGAAUGACAUGCUGCUAGAAAGCGUACUUCAGGAACCGGGGCUCGACGACGGGAGACAGGUCAUGCAUGUAGAGGUCAACGACGAUGGGAAGAAGGAUGUUUUACCCAAACAUAUCAGGUUUGGUGGAGCCGGUAUUAUUGGCGAGCACAUUGAGAUCAACAAUACUGUUGUCUACUUUAUCUCCCGACCUCUGGAACCGCCCGUGGACCCACUUCAAACAGCACUACCCUCUCUUGAUCUGUCUUCGUUCCUUGCCGCAAUCUUCUCCACCUCCAUUGCAGAAGUCAUCAAGAAGACACCCCGUGCAACGUUCCUCAUACCUCACAAUGCUGCUUUUAAGCGGCUCGGCAUGCUGGUCAGCGACCACUUGCUAGCUGCUUCAUCCAAGACGGAUCUAGAGAACGUCAUUAUGCACCAUAUCAUAGACGGUAUCGAAUACUCCCAAAGCGUCGUUAAUGGCUCUCAGCGCACUUUUGCCACCCUUGAAGGAUCCGAUUUACAGCUGGAACGCCCAGGAAAUGGAUCCAUUAUUGUCAGUGCCAGCGGUGGCUGGGCUGGCAUGAAGAGCGCGCUAUAUCCGAAGAACAUGCUCACAGAAACUGGCGUGAUACAUGAGCUGUCGGACAUUAUGAUCCCGCGAUCUGUGGAGUUAAAUGUAGGAAAGCUUAUGAAAGCGGCCAAGGCCACUACCAUGAUCAAUAUGGUCACGAAAGCAGGAUUCGACUGGAUCCUGAAUGGAACCGCCCCUCCUGAAGGUUCAGAGUGGGCAGAGCAGGGUUUAAGUGGGUCGAGUUGGACCUUGCUUUGCCCAACAGACGAUGCGUUCAAGAAAUACAACCUUACAGAUCUCUUCGAGAAUAUCGACGAUCUUCGUGCGAUCGUCAGCCAACACCUCAUUCCCACUUCACCAUCUGCAGGAGAAUCGUUUGAUGUCUUCGACGUCUUAAACAACAACCGCCCCCUUCCGCUGGAAAAUUUGGGUGAAUAUUCCACUCUCCUCUCACCUUCUUCGGCGUAUGGUGAUAUUGUCUUCCGCGCGUUGGAUGACAAGGUAUCCAAAUACAUGGUCGGGAUCAAGAACGCAAGGGGAACAGAUAAACAAGCUGACUGGGCACGCGUCCUAACAUGGGGUCGCGCAACGACGGGUGGGGGCACGGGCGGCGUUAUCACCCUCGACCGCAUGCUCAUCCCGUAUCAUCCGCCAUGGUGGAUCGAAUAUCUCGCGCCGUCCUUCGUGGGAGCGCUUGGUAUUGGGCUGAUAUGUUUGUUUUUCUAUGCUGUCCGGAUAGUCUGGAGAAGGGAUGCGACGGAAGCUACAUACGAGCCGAGCAGCGAAGCACCAGCAGUCGAGGAGACCAAGAACUCAGCGAUUGACAAUGUAAAAUCGUUCAUUGCAGGAGGUUUUGGAGGAGUUUCUGCAGUCCUCGUGGGACAUCCUUUUGACCUGACCAAGACACGAUUACAGACCGCGGCUCCUGGCGCAUACACUGGUGCAAUAGAUGUUGUGAAGAAAACUGUAGCUCGAGAUGGUGUUACUGGCUUGUACCGCGGAAUGGUACCUCCUCUCCUGGGAGUCACUCCAAUCUUUGCAGUGUCCUUCUGGGCUUAUGAUGCCUCCAAGAGCUUGAUCCUCGCACUUACACCCAAGCGCACAUCCGAGAGACUGUCUACAGCAGAACUUGCUGCCGCCGGUUUCAUGUCUGCUGUUCCAACGACACUCAUAACUGCACCUGUUGAGCGAGCGAAGGUCCUGCUGCAGGUGCAAGGUCAAGGAGGUUCAGGACCCCAGUACAAAGGCGUCUUCGAUGUUAUGAAGCACCUUUACAGGGAAGGUGGCAUACGGAGUAUCUUCCGAGGCACUGGUGCAACUAUCGCUCGUGAUGGACCAGGUAGUGCCGUCUACUUUGCAGCGUAUGAAGUUACCAAGAAGGCCCUGACGCCAGCUGGGUCGUCGGCAGGAGACCUCAACCUAGGCGUCGUCAUGUUCGCAGGCGGAACUGCAGGCGUUGCCAUGUGGUCAAUAGCUAUACCCCCGGAUGUUUUGAAAUCCCGCAUACAAUCUGCACCUUCUGGCACAUAUUCUGGACUCUUUGAUUGCUUUAGAAAGACGGUAGCGCGUGACGGGAUUACUGCACUGUGGAAAGGUCUUGGUCCAGCCAUGGCCAGAGCUUUUCCGGCUAAUGCUGCCACAUUCUCCUCCAGUCAACCACGAUCUCUAUCAGCUUCUGAAAUUGCUCGUAAUUUGAGCAAUUUUGAGACAUGGUCAACGCAUCAGUGUUGCGAACAAGUUUCUCUAUCUGACCUUCCUCCCGAAUUUCAAGAGGACGUGGGCAGUCUCUUUGGCAUUACGAAGAAAAUUCCCUCUCUCCUGUCUUUUGACUGUAGUCCAGGUUUUGCCAAGUUUAUAGCAGAUGCUUCAAAAGCGGCACCAGAGCUAUUCUCCGACGAUGUAACUCAUGCAAGCAACGAACUAUUCGAAGAUGUAUGUGUCGUUUUCAGCGCAUGGAAGCGUUUGGCAAAGAUGAGGAACUCCAAAGAGAAAUGGUCUGAGGCGGACUUCGUGGCUAACGUAUAUAAUGUAUUUCGAACGUCUGCAAUCAGAGAAAGCACCUUCCGGGUUCAAUGCGCGGUUUCCCUCCCGCAACCGCAGGACACAUUUCAAAACGCCCUUGACGUGCCUCGCGUGUUGAACACAAAAACAGUUAUCCCGGACUGCGCAAUAUUCAUUCCCGCUUCACGGACGCGACCAUGGUCCCAUUCUGCCAAGUCACCAUAUAAACUUCUCAAGAACCACCCUGCUGUAGUGAAAGCUGGGAAUGCGGCUAAAAUGUCUUCUUUCAGGUACCAGAGUACCCCAUGUGCUCAGCUUCCCGAUAUGCCUGGCUUCGAAUUCGCAAGCAGUUUUUGGGAGGACAAGAAGCCUAUCCAUGCUCUUCUUGAUGACGCAUAUCGCCAAAACCGCAUGUCAACGACUGCUGCUGUCCGGCAUCUCCACUCUCUUGGCAUCCAUGCCCCUGUCACUGGGCUUAUUUGGGCAGAUGGCGUUGUCCGCGCGCACGUUGAUUGGUGUGAAGAAUCUGAGGGAAAGACGGUUGUGAUGUCUGCCCCAUAUCAUGAUCCCCAUAAUCGAUCGCCAAACGACGUGUUCCACGAGUGGAAACUUGAUCGUCCAAGUGACAUGUUGCAGAUUUACUUCCUUGUUCGAAAUAUCGACCAGUGGACCACAGGCAAAUUCUCAGAGUAUGUUGUUCGGGGUGUUAAUCAAAUGGUGGACAAGUUGUCCUCCAGCGAAAUGGCAUAUAAACCCUGGAAAAGGGUCGGGGACCUGGCACCUCCUUUGAAGAAUAACGCACUGAAAGAGAAUCACAACAUUUCAGUCACUACGGUUGUGACUUCGGAUGCGUCUCCCUCUCCACCUAAGCCCAAGAACAGGCGACGGAGACGCAGGUCUAGUAAUUGA